CUCAGCCAAGUUCGUGGAGACCGUGGUCGAAAAUGAUGCUCGCCGGUCAAAAAUUUGACACGAUGAGAACUUUGGAGCGUCCCAAAAUGACCUGCACCGGGGCAAACGAUGCCCGUCAAUCUGCCGAGGAAAUGGACCAACAAAGACAAAAGAUGAUGGCUUAUGAGUACCUUUGUCAUUUGGAAGAAGCAAAAAAUUGGAUGGAAGCUUGCUUAAAAGAAAAACUCCCGCCAACUACGGAGCUUGAAGAAAAUCUACGUAAUGGGGUGUAUUUGGCAAAAUUGGCUCAUUUCAUGGAUCCUAAGAUGCUGCCUCUGAACAAAAUUUAUGAUGCUCGACAGCAGCGAUACGAAGCAGCUGGUUUGCAAUUUCGUCACACAGACAAUAUAAAUCACUUUUUAAAGUGCUUGAAAACGAUGCAAUUACCACUGACUUUCCAACCGGAAACGACGGAUAUCUAUGACAAAAAAAAUAUGCCUCGCGUAAUUUAUUGCAUUCAUGCAUUGAGUACACAUUUGUUUAAACUCGGAAGAGCACCGCAGAUUCAAGAUUUGUAUGGCAAAGUCAAUUUCACAGAUGCUGAGAUUGAUGCUGUCAGCAAAGAAUUGAAAAAGUAUGGAAUAGAAAUGCCUGCAUUCCAAAAAAUUGGUGGCCUCAUGACAAGCUGUAUGGCAGGAGAUACAGCAGCAUUACACGCAGCUACGAUAGCGAUCAACCAGUCUCUUUCGUCGUACGAUUCAUCGGGAGUUCUUGAAAAUUUACAAAACGUUGCAGCACGUUUGCAGAAUGUGGUACCGGAACAUGCGACGUAUUAUCACGAAGCGUUGAAAGAGGCGAAAGAGAUGAAAACUCAAGCAGCUAUGAAUCGAUCACUCAACGAUAGUUACGUACCGGAUGCGUAUGACGAAUUGCUAACACCAGCAGAAAUUCAGGGACAUAUAAAUAACGUAAAUGCUCAAUACGCGUUAAAGAAUAUUAUCAAAUGUUUGGACCUUUCUCAACAAAAAUUCAUUGCUGCGAUCUCUACACCAACUCUGCAAAUUCAAAACAUUUAUCCUGACAAUGCGAAAUUCUAUAAAGAGGAAUUGACCACAUUGAAAUCGGAGCUUGAGGACGAAUGCAUGGAAAAUUAUCGUCACUGUCAAGAAUUCAUUCAAGAAAGAAUCAACGUUGCGAAUGAGAUUGCAGAAAAAACGAAUAACCGACAAAUUGUCGUUAACUUGUUAAACGAUGCAUUAGAACAAGGUUGCUACGAAACAUUCAUAGAAGCACUGACGAGUGGGAAUUUGGGGCUUAACGAUUACGUGGAUAAUUUCGCUCUGCCGCUUUAUUACUCUGAGAUGAAGGUCGAUCGCGCUGAAUCUAAAAACGAUUUAUCGUACAGUGACAUUGUCGUCAGUAUUCGAGUUUUGUCAGCAAUUGCCUACAUUACGAAAGCUGUUGAUACCGGCGAUCCUGAGUUGACAUACGAAGCACUUUCCGAUCCGGAAGCUCACAUAAUGGAAUUGGAGCCUGAAAACAAAGUGAAGUAUUAUAGAGCUUUGGUCGCCGUUCGUUCUGACAAAAAAUUCGCUAAAGAAAAUUGUACUUUGUUGAAUUACAUCGAUAUUCAGGAAUGCGUUGAUGUCGUUAAUCAAAAAUGCAGCAAAGACAACGAGAUUCUUAUCGCUUUGGAGCAGUUGAACCGAUCAGUACUGAUGAACAAUCGUGAUGAUUUGAUGUUUGCAUUAAACAAUGAAUCGCUUAAAUUGCAAACGCCGAUUUCAUCAAGCGAUGUCUCGCUUUAUUUGAAGAUGUUUAAAAUAUGCUUGAAUGAAAAAGACGAAAUGGGCUCUGAAUUGUGGCUCCAAGACGUGGAGAACGUGGUUCAGUUCGUCGCUAGUGAAGCCGAGCAAGUACAAACAGCGUGCACGCUGCUAUCGAACAUCAACACAGCAUUACAGAAUAACGAUCCUCAAUCGACUUUGGAGUGUCUCGAAGCUGCGGGACUCGGAAUACCGGAAGAGCAGCAAUCCGAAUACUUUACGCGAUUAAAAAAUUUGAGCGAUCAUAAGAGAGCCCAUUAUGACUAUCCUUAUGUUAAAUACGUAACCCCUGAGGGUAAUGAAUCAUUUCUCAAUUUAGAAAAUUGCAGUUACACUUGGGAAUCACCGAGAAACAUUUCCGAGAGUCUUUACGUCACGAAGGAAGAUAUCGAGAACAUCAUUAAGGACAUUGAAACGGAAGAGAGCGAUCGUGAAGAUGCUAUGUUCGAUGAACGAAUGAUCGUCAAGUUACAAGCGAUUGCACGAGGAUAUUUGUUACGGCAAAAAAUUGCAUCACGAUUUACCCAUUUCCACGAUAAUAUCGACAAAAUCGUUAAAAUUCAAGCGUGGUGGCGAGGCGUUUUGACGCGGAAAAUUUUUGCGAAAAUAUUGGAAACCAGAUUUAGACGAUAUCCUAAGAAAAAUUUGCACUACAGACGCGUGAAAAACAAAUAUCAAAACACUUUUGAUUUUUAUCAACAACACGAAGAUAAAAUAAUCAAAAUACAAGCCUUGUGGCGAGGACGAACCGCAAGACGCGCUUUCCAUGCACUACUCCGAUUGGAAAUGCCACCGUUUCCUGUUGUUCGUCACUUUUCCCAUAUUCUCAAUUUUAAUGCCGAGGAUUACGACAAAGAUCUCCAAUUGCAACAACUCAAAAAUGACGUCGUCCAGACCAUAAGACACAAUCAAAAACUUUCGCAACAGUUGGACGAAAUGGAUAUCAAAAUUGGGCUGCUCAUACAAAAUAGAAUCACGCUUCAAGAUGUCAUUGCUCACGGAAAAAAUCUUGAAUUGUUGGCUAAAGAUAAAAGUGGCAACAGAUCACGAAAAAAUUCAAUAUCGGAAAUGGUGACAUUAAAAGGAUUGAAAUCUUUGACGAAAGAAGGACGAAAGAUGCUAGAAGGUUAUCAGCAUUUAUUCUACGCGUUACAAACAAAUCCUAUGUACUUGUCGAAAUUGUUACUUUGUUUGCCGCAGAGCAAAACUAACAAGUUUUUGCAAAACGUCAUUUUCACGCUUUACAAUUUCGGUUCUAAUUUACGAGAGGAAUACUUGCUCCUGAAACUGUUUGGGCGGGCACUGGAGGAAGAAAUAAAGUCGAAAUUCGAGAAACCAUCGGAAGUUGUAACCGGAAAUCCUCUCGUAUUAAAAAUGGUCGUUAAUUAUGCGAGGCAACUCAACGGUCAGAGUGCCCUGCGUCAAAUCCUUGGACCGAUAAUUGAAAAAGUUUUAGCCGAUAAAAGUAUCAGUAUCGAAACAAAUCCUGUCGAUAUUUACAAAUGUUGGCGCAAUCAAUUGGAGAUGAAAACUGGCGAGACGCUGAAUCUGCCAUAUUCAGUAACGCAAGCUCAAGCCUUGAGUUACGAUCAAGUUCGGAAACGAUUAUCCAAGGGAAUAGAAGUGCUGCAAAACACGGUACUUGUAUUCCUUAAAAAAAUAACAGAAUCACGAGACCUGAUACCUUACGGAAUGCUGUACAUGGCCAAAGUGUUGAGCGACACGUUGUCCAAAAAAUUCCCUAGAGCUCCGGAAAAGGACAUUCUCAAGGUCGUUGGUAAUCUCAUAUAUUAUCAUUUCAUCAAUGCUGCGAUCGUCGCUCCUGAUGCUUUCGAAAUCAUUACGUUACCGAUUGAUCGAUCGCUUUCCACGGAUCAGAGAAGAAAUUUAGCCAGUAUCGCUAAAAUAUUGCAGUUCGCAGCUUCGAAAAAAGGCUUUGGUGAAGAAGCGCCUCAUCUGAUGUGCCUGAACCCUUUUAUCAUCGAAUGUCACGAGCGUUUCAAGAAAUUCUUUCGUUCCUGUUGCGAGAUCGAGGCUCUCGACGAACACUUCAGUAUCCAUGAAUACACCGAAGCGACUUUGAUACAUAAACCCGAAAUUUACAUAUCUCUGCAGGAAAUAUGCGACACUCAUUCUCUUGUACUGGAAUAUUGUGCCGAUAUAGUGUCUGGUCCGAAUGAUCCUUUGCACGAGUUAUUGAACGAUCUCGAAUGCCUGCCCACCGUCGCUUCUCUGUUGGGCAUAACCGAUCCAAAGGGCGAAGCUAAUAUAGCUCGCAUGGGAAAAACUGAACUCUGUCUCGUACUUACGAACAAAUUCGAAGUCCCAGAGAGCGAUGAUCAAAAUCUCAAUAAACUUUUCAUCAAGACUAAAGAGUUGUUGGUUUCGGUUUUGCAAUUCUUAAAAGGCGACACCCUCGUUGAAGCACUCGAAGCUACUUCCUCGCCGAUACAAGAGCGACUUUACGACGCUAAAUGCUCUUCAAUGACCAACGCAUUGAGUCUCAUAACUCGCAGCAGCUCAUCCCUUAACGACUGUAAAGUCCAACUGCGUGCGUAUCUCUACAAAUUGGAGUUGGGUAAAUGGGUUUCCCAAAACGAUGGAUAUCAAAGUAUCGUGACAGCAGUGGCAAAGGAUUUGUGCAACAAAGGAAGAUACCGUGUUGUUAGAAACAAAGAGUUACAAACACUGCGGGCAACGAAACAGAGACUGCAAGAGAAAACGAAAUAUUAUCAGGAACAGGUCGACUACUACAAUGAAUAUACUCAACGGUGUUUAGAAAACUUGCAUACAGGGAAAGGAUCCCUUUGGGCGGUGAAAAUUCUCCAAAAAAAUACCCACGGGAAGCUAAAAUCGAAGAUAACAUUAAAAUAUUCAGCAGCAAAAUUACACGAAAAAGGUGUUCUAUUGGAAAUCGAUGGGCUACCUCAAUCCCAGUUUAAAAAUGUUCUAUUUGAGAUCAGUCCGACAGAGAGCAACGGUAUUUUUACGAUAAGAGGAAAAUUCAUGGGCAUCGAGAUGGAGAAAAUUGAUAUCGACAUACAAAAUUUGUUGAAGCUUCAAUUUGAGGGAGCACCGAUAAUGGAUAUAUUCGGUAAGGCGAAGAUCAACGUAAAUCUCUUGUUGUAUCUGUUAAACCGAAAAUUUUAUGGAAAAACUUGAAUCGAACGAUUGCACCAACGUAAAAAAUGGGCUUCAACGCCAAUUUCCGGUUUUCAUCCGGAAGUUUCCAUAGUUUUCUCGUCAAGUUUCCAUAAAAAAAAAAUGCUCCGCGUAUGUCAGUUACUCCUGAGGAGCAUUGUUGUGUAAUUAAAGAGACAAUUGAAAUUUUAAAAAACAUACUGAUUCAAAUCUAAAUAUACUGGGAGUGACAUUUUUCCCAAUAAUAUUGUAACUAAGAACGUGUUAUUUCAUACUUGUAAAUAUCUCUAUUAAUAAGAAUUUGUAUUUUUAUACUACAAUGUGGUCUUAUUCGAUGAGAAAAUUGAUAAUCGUGACAAAGAAUCAUAAAUAAUCGAUAAAAUACGACAAUUUCAACGUAUUUCAUUGUUCCUUAAAGAAUAUCAUACUACAAAUUGAAUUCUACAGUAAUUCAUUUUAAUUUGAACGAGAGAAAAAAAUGACAAAUGUCGACGAUAAAAAUGUUUGCGUAAAAAAAAAGAAAUGAUUGACAAUAUUAUUUUCAGUAUUUAAAUAGUUUUGCUCAUGAUUUAGAAACUCCUUCAAGAUGUACUCUGAUCAAUUGAACAGCGAAUAAUAAUCAGGCAGAUGAAUUUUA